CGCCUCCUGUUGGUGAGUGCUAACGCCCACAACGAACAUGGCUGCUGCAGUCAAGAUGAGGACGUGGAGGUGUCCGGGCAGUGGAGUUUUCCAUCCAUUGGCAGUCCUUUUUGUAGUUUUACUCAGUGCCAUAAAUGCGGUUGUUGCAGCGCCAGAAACAGGGCUUUGGAAAAUUACAGUUGUAAAUACCUCGAGGCCACUGCUGUUAAGGAAAUCCAUGUAUAAAGACACUGACAUUGAACUGAAAGUUGUGGCUUUUAGCUGCCUUGAGGAGGUUGACUUCACUAUUCAGUGGUAUUUAAAAUACUACCCCUGUCACAAUGAAUUCAACAAUAUUGAAGAAAUGUAUGAUAGAACACCUCUGAGUCGGGGGGAGAGCCUGGAUCCGAAUCCCCUCGGAAAAGGAGAGUACAUCAAACACAAACACAGUCCCAUAACAUGUAACAGCGGACUACGCUCCUUUCCAAUGCUCAAAAAAGCCAAGGCAUCUCCACGUCCAGUCAGUCAGUCAGAGAGUGAAGCACCAGAGGAAAAUGACACUGAGGAGUACGACAGCAGCAGCACGGUGACGAACAACAGUGUGAACACAAAGGACAACGUCAUAGCCACCACGUGGAAGGAUGGGCCUUACCUGCUGGUUGUCAAGAUCGUGUCUAGUAAACAGGAUGCCAACUGGAAUUUAACAGUUAAUGUGGUGAUGAAAGGCAGCCAUGGCUACAUUUCUAUCACAGAAUGGCCUCUCAUGAUUUUCUACAUGGUGAUGUGCAUAGUGUACAUCCUGUACGCCCUGCUGUGGUUUAUCUGGGCAGCGUGCUACUGGAAGGAUCUGCUGCGGAUCCAGUUCUGGAUAGCAGGGGUCAUAUUCCUCGGGAUGGUGGAGAAGGCCGUCUUCUGUGCCGAAUAUGAAAACACCAACGCUGUCGGCUCUGCUUCUCCAGGCUUGUUGAUCUUUGCCGAGCUGGUCUCUGCCCUCAAGAGGACUUUGGCUCGGUUGCUCGUCAUCAUCGUCAGCCUUGGUUAUGGCAUUGUAAAGCCUCGACUGGGGAUAGUAAUGCACAGAGUUGUGGGGCUCGGAAUCCUCUAUUUUGCCUGUGCUAGCAUUGAAGGUGUCCUGAGGAUUACUGGGGCGAAAGACUCUGACUUAGCCCUGCUGGCCAACAUUCCCUUGGCUCUGCUUGACUCCUCUCUAUGCUGGUGGAUCUUUGUCAGCCUGGCACAAACCAUCAAGACUCUGAAGCUGAGGAGAAACCCUGUCAAGUUGUCUCUCUACAGGCACUUUACAAACACACUAAUAUUUGCUGUCAUUGCUUCCAUCAUUUUCAUGGGUUGGACAGCAAAGAAAUUUCGGCUAGCAGAUUGCCAGUCUGACUGGAUUGAGCUGUGGGUAGAAGAUGCUUUCUGGAGGUUCUUGUUUUCCGUCAUUCUGUUCGUCAUAAUGUUUUUAUGGAGGCCAUCUGCAAACAACCAAAGGUAUGCUUUCACACCUCUCAUUGACGACUCUGACGAUGAGGAGAUUGAGGAGUUUGUCGCCUCUACAAACUUUGCUGAUGGCGUAAAGUUGAGAGCAUCUAAAAGUGAGACAAAUGGCACAGCAAAGCCUGCAGAAACGAACCCGGAUGAAGACUUGAAGUGGGUGGAGGAUAACAUUCCUAGCUCUCUUGCUGAUGUAGCUCUACCAGUCCUGCUCGACUCAGAUGAGGAAAUCAUGACAACCAGAUAUGAGAUGUCAAAGCUGGAGUGAGGCAAAACAUUUCCAGCCAUCGGCGGAUAUGGAGGGAGAACAUAGCUGCUGUCCCUUACUCUUCAGCAGGGUCUUCAGGAUUUCCAGUCGGAUGGUGGGUGGAGUGCCAUUUAGGUUUUUUUUUUUCAGGGGAGCUUCCCGUACAGCUGCUACUUUGCAGGGUGGAGAGGGGCACAGUUUAGGGGGACCUCUGCUCGUUUCUUCGUGUCCUCAUCUCCUCAACAGCUAAGGACUCUACCAGAGGAAAACUGUCUUUUCACUGAAGUGGUUGACUCUUUUCCUGAUAUGAUCUGUUUGAGCCUUUCUUUCCAAAGAGAAUGUUUUAUUUUAAAUUAAGUGCUGUAUUUAUUUCUGUUAUGUUCAUGUGAACUUAUUUUGUCAGAGUUAAGAACAGUGGGCCUCAUGCAUGAACAUACUCUCAUAAUAUAUGUUAAGUGUCUUUUGUGAGGGUAUCUAGAUAUUAUUGGUUGGUUGUAAUAAAAUAAGAGGCUUAUGAUGGGGGGGAGGAUCUCAGUAAUGAAGACCUAGAAUAAUUUAUCUAAGCUAUUUUUGCAGUCAGAAGAGAGAGAAUUUAACUUCAUUGUCUUUAUUGGUUUGUUUCAAACAGGAUCUUUCUUUAUAUAAAUAUAUAAUUGUGAAGUUUGCAAAAGUUAAGGAAUUAUAUCAAAGGUAUGUAUCUUUCAUGUCACUAUGAGUGUCAAAAGUACACUUUUUUUGUUGCCAGCGUUAAAAUCUGAGACUAGACAGCUUUGAAAAUUCAAUUGCUGAUUUUCAAUAGUACUUGUUGCUCUUAUGCACUUUGCAAAUCAAAGCUGUGCCUACAUGUAGUUCUUGUAUGAGGCUCAAUCUGUUCAGACAAUUGAGAACAAUAUGUAUGAAAGUGUCGUUCAAACUUCCGUGUGUGUGUGUGUGUGUGUGUGUGUGUGAAAGCACAAAUGGGUGAUAUGUACAAUUUGAAUUUAAAUGUAACUGGGUUCAGUAAGGUAGAAUUGGGGUUUACAGUCAUGUGUUGAAUCUACUGUGUGUGUCGGCAGGCAGGUUUUGUGUCUUCAGCAAUAUGCUGUAUGUAAAUGUUAAAAUGGAGUUAAUUCAUUAUUUAUUUGCGUUUCAAGUGUACUUACAAGUUGUUAAAGUGUGUGUGUCCACCUGUGUUUACUCUUAAGUGUGUCUACAAUGUGUGCUUCCAUUUUUCUUAAUGCUUUGGGCCCUGAACAAUCUCACAAUCCAUUAGGCAAAUGGCAAACUGCAGCUUUCUUCUAUUUGUUUGCUUUAUGUGCUUAUAAAAUCGGUCUGUUGGUUUCACAUAUACCAUAAUAAUACUAACAUUCUUUCAAAUAAGUCUUAAUAUAUUUAUUAAUUAUUAUUUUUGAAAAUGGCGGGCCUGGUGUUUUUUUCAGUGUAGUUUUGGUGUUGGAACAUUGUCGUCUUCAGCACCAGUCGAUCACUUGGGUUCAUAAUGUCACUUUGUCGGUGUUGGAAACCUAGAAUAAUUGUGUUUAUGAUGGCAAGCUGUCCUUCUGUUAUAGAAAACUGCAUACACCUGCAGUGGACCUCGAUUAUUUGUACAGAUGGGUUUUGGCUGAUUCCUGUUAUUUCAUAAUUCCACAGGUGGAGAGGUGUCUGGAUAAUAUGACUUUUUUGUCACUGGUGUCAUGAAGAACUGAGCUUGAACUUUUUAUACCAGCAAUUUUCUUCUCUCUUCCUUCUCAGGAAGUGUGUAUGCUCAGAUUAAAUAUUAAUCGAAUACAGGAGAAUGGUUGUUUCCUGAUCUAUGAUUUAAGUGCUGAUUUGGCAAUAAAAAUAAAUAUUUAACUAUG